AUGUUUAAUUGUGGUUUGAAAGACGUUGGGGCUAUGGGGUACAAGUUCACGUGGCAUCGAGGCAGGAAUGAGGUUGGGCGUAUUGAAGAGAGACUUGAUCGGGCGUUGUGCUCAACUGAGUGGAUUGAGCUGUUUCCUGAUGCAAUUGUGGAGAAUAAUGCUUCGGGCCCUACAAUUAAACAAUUCAGAUUCAGUAAUGUUUGGUUAGCAAAGAAAAAGUGCGUGGAAGUUGUAGACUCGGCUUGGAGCAGUAAUCCAGUGAGAAAUAUUGCUGAUAAACUUGUAGGAGUGAAGGAGGCGCUGAUGUAUUGGGGUUGUAAGCAAGGUCCGAAUUUUAAAAACCGUAUUGAGGGGUUGAGAAAACAAAUGAGUUCGCUGCAACAAUUCACUGAUAAUAGCAGGUUGAUGGAAUAUAAUAACUUGUUUCAAGAAUAUCAGGACCUGUUGAAGGAAGAAGAGACAUAUUGA